GACAAAAUAGGAAUCAUGUCCUUGUCAGUGAGAAAUACAACCAUUAGCCAAGAUGCUGGAAGUAUAUAUAAGCAAUCCAUGGAUGGCGACUUGAAGAAGAAGUCCGUCCAGGUCACCCAGGCGUCGGCCGAAGACUCAAAGGUUAAGAAGAAGGAAACUAUGCACUAUUACAAUGUGGAGACACAAGCCGAUCUGCAGUACAGAUCCCAGAUAAAGAUCCUGGAGAAUGUAGAUGGCGUAGAGGUAGACAUGACGCCCAAGCCGAUCCCCAAUGACACCUAUGUGGAACAGUUUAUGAAGUACAACCUGAACGUGAUGAACCAAAUGACCAACUUCACCCAGAUGGCGACCAAGAGCAUGUCCAGAUCACGGACAAGGUCCAGCGUAAGGGCAGGAAUAGGCGGCAACAAGCAGUCCAUAGACGAUCUGAUGAGUGGGAUCAUGUACGAAACCAUCAACUGGGAUCCUUACGGGACCGUCGAGUGCCUCGGACAGGCGUACGAACCCAAGCCGUACACCAGAUCCUUUCUGAAGAUCACCCUACGCAAAUCCGAGUUCUUCGAGCUGCACAGCCAGCCGCAGACGACGGUGGCCAAGGGAUCCGCCGAGGGCGACGAGGCGGAGCGGGACAACCGCAACUACGAGUACCUGACGGUGGGCAAGGGCAAGAUCCGUCGUCGCUCGGAUAACGAUGCCCAGACGGAUACGCUGCUCUUCACCUCGCGGGCUGUGAACACCAUCAUGAUAACCAAGGCCACGGUCAGUUCGUAUGUGUCCAACUUUGAGAUGUACGACACGCUGAACAACAUCAGCAAGGAGUUCGCCAUGAACACGAUGGCUUCGGUCAAGGAUCUGGCUUCGACUCUCGGGCAAACGGAGGAUGCGGAGAGCUUCGAGGACGCCGAGACGGUGGCCGCCAUGGACAAGGUGUCCUCGCAGAUAGAGAGGUUGCUCCGCAGUCCCGAGUUCCGCAACGCCAUCAUGUACAUGGGCCGCACGCUCUCGAGCAACACAAACGAGGCGGGAUUGCGACGCUUCCGGAACUUUGACCAGGUUAACCGAUGGAACUCGGAGGCCCAGUAUGUGUACUCGAUGAACCUGCUCUUCCGGCUGAUCCCGGAGCCCAGCAAGGACGAAAGGAAGGCGGUCAGUGAUAUAGACUUUUGCCGCAGCAAUGGUGAUAUUGUGGCCGUGGCCUACGGGCUGUACUCCUUCUCCUCGCAACAUGUGCCCACUUCGGGCAGUGUCUUCCUUUGGAGCAUCAAGAAUCCUGGUGAGCCGGAACGCGCCUACUACUACGAUGUCCCAGUGACGGCCAUUAGCUUCUCUCCCUUCUUGGCGUCCCUUUUGGCCAUUGGAUUGUACGACGGAAGCGUCGAGGUGCGUGAUGUGAGCAGCCUGCAGGACAUGCCCAUUGCCGUCUCGCAGCGCAUCAGUUCGCCUAGCUCCUCGCCGGUGGUGGCCAUCCGCUGGAUCAAACAGGUUUCGGACGACGCCGACGAGGCGGACAUCGAUCCGUUCCUCAGCCUCUCGCAGGACGGCUCCGUCACCCGGUUCCGCAUCAUCAAGAGUCCCUUCCUCUUGGGCUUCACCCAAAUGACAUUGGAAAGGGUAGAAGGUCAUCCCGAGGGCAUCUUCGUGCAUCCCUCGUCGCGCAUCCCCUGCGAGUCCAAUCGGCGUCCUCAGGGCCUCAGCAUCACCACCCAUCCGGUGCACAAGGACAUCUACUAUGUGCUUACGGAUGAGGGCUGCAUUCACAAGUGCUCGAUCAACUACCAGCAUCAGUAUCUGGAGGUGCUGCGCUGCCACGACGGAGGAGUCACUGUCAUGGAGUUUUCUCCAUGGUCGCCGAAACUGUUCCUCACCUGCGGCAAUGACUGGUUCGUGCGCAUUUGGAUUGACGGCAUUACGCGACCCCUGCUCGAACUGCAGGACGAGAUGACACCGGUGCACUGGGCCAAAUGGACGCCCACCCACUCCACGAUCAUCGUUUCGGUUAACCGGGAAACCGCUAACAUCUGGGACUUUCGACGUAAUCUGCUGAGACCCAUGUCCAAGCACAAGAUGGACUCCUCCUUCAACACUGUGGCCCGUUUCUCCCACUGUGGUCGCACCUUGGUUAUUGGGAACGAGCGCGGGAAUACUCUUUUCAACGCCCUCAACGACAUGCCCUUUUCGCCCCACUUUCAAUACGACGAGCUGGAAAAGGCAAUUUUCAAGGCAAUUGGCAACGACCACGAGCUCUUCAUGGAGCUCAAGAGUAUCGGCUUCUUUGGCUAUCCAAACAAGAAAGCUGUUUUCUAAAUUUCUAAGAUUA